UUGCUUUCUCUUUCAUAUAACAAAUCUGUACAUUGUUGUUGUUGACUGACCUAAAAAAAAAAAAACUAAUCUGUAUCUAUCUGUUGCUUUGAUCCUUAAUAGAGAGAGCGAGAGACUCACCUCAAACCCUAGAUCUAACCCCAGCCGUCAGAUCAAAUAGAUCGGGCAAUCGCUUAUAGACCGUUGGAAUCUUUUAGGAGGAAGGCAGCAAUGGUAGAGGUAGAAUCGUAUUUGUGGGUAUCCAGAAGAGGCGUGAGGAUUAUCUCCAAGUUGGGUGUUUUCUCAUCUUGAUGGCCAACAACAAAUCCAAUUUCCUCUAGAUAGAAUAUAUUUUUUUUUUCCCCUUUUUUUUUCUCGGUCAUGUGUGAUUUGGUCGCGCGUACGGGUCGACUCCAGCAGCGUUACGAGCAUGGCUCUCGUCUCGUAGCCGGGUGUAUUCCGUUUAGGUACAUAAACUCUGAGGAAGAUGGUAAUUCUGAAUCUGGGAAAGUGAUUCAAGUGUUGAUGAUCAGCUCAUCUAGUGGGCCGGGUCUUUUGUUUCCCAAGGGAGGAUGGGAGAAUGAUGAAACGGUCAGGGAGGCUGCAGUUAGGGAAGCAGUGGAAGAAGCAGGUGUCCGUGGGACUUUAAUGGAUUUUUUGGGAGAUUAUGAGUUUAAGAGCAAAACACACCAAGAUGAGUUUAGCCCAGAAGGCUUAUGUAAAGCAGCAAUGUACGCCUUGCAUGUGAAGGAAGAGCUAGAGAUGUGGCCGGAACAAAAGACGAGAACACGGACUUGGCUGACAAUUGAAGAAGCGGUAGAGAGUUGCAGGCACGCAUGGAUGAAGGACGCCUUGGUGGAUGGAUUCUGUAAAUGGCAUAAGGAGAAGAUGGAAAAAGGAGAGAUCACAGAUGAAGAUUUUAAGUAAGUGUGCAUAAUUCUGUUUUGUUUUUCAUUCCUUUUCGAUUUUGUUUUUACCUUUUUUUAAGUCAUAUGCACUGGAGAAUCUGUGACUGCGAAACAUAAGAGUUUCAAAGUUUCUAAAGUUCAAUUAUUCCCCUGUUUCUCACAGCUGUCUUCAUCAUUUUGCAAUAAUUUUGAGAAAAGAAAUUGACAGCUCUUGACAAUCUCGUUUUAUCAAAAUCAGGUUUAAGAAA